UGAGUUAGAAUACUGGUAACCAAAUAUCAUUAGAGCUUCAUAUUAUUGUGUUUAACGGACAGAGUUCUUGGGUUCAUAUCCUCUACAUGGGCUGGAAGGUUGAUGAACCUUUUAACAUCACUGAUUAUGUUGCCGUAGUGGGAGUGUCUGGUAAACCAUGGCCUCUAGAUGGAACAAUGUACCAAAGAUAUUGCAAAGCAGCAGGUUGGGGCAGUUUGGAGAUGGGUCAACCACCUAGUUCGGCCUUGAUGAGGUUAAAUGCCACUGCUAUGCAUGGUGACAAAGCCUGCAAAUGCUUACCAACUUACAUGGAAAAAAGGGUGGUGUGUCUUAGAAGAGGAAAAGGAGGAAUUUGCCCGGGUGACUCAGGUGGUUCUUUGGUCUGUGACAAAGAAGUAGUAGGUGUUGCACAUGUAAUGGUUUCAACUAUUUCCUGUAACUUCUUAAAAAUAAGAGAAGCUCCAUUACUAUGCAAUACAUCUACUUCUGUUUAUAUGUUCACAUGCCCUUACUUAAACUGGCUACGAAAAUUCGUACCGAAUAUACCUGAACGACCAGCCAGCUGUAGAGGAGUGACUCUUUCAGGUCAUAUGGUCACUGUUAUAUUCUUGAACAUCCUUCUUUUUUUGAAAAUAACCUUAUUGAAAUACCUAUAAAAACAACAAAAUGACAUUUUUACUUUUA